AUGCGAUACCGUAGUCGUGUCGGCCUUGCAAAAGAAGACAAAGACGAAUCAAGACACCGAAUAUUUUUUAUCUCAAGUAAUUGGGCCGGCAGAAUGUUAAAAUUCAUACGCGGCAAGGGGCAGCAACCCUCUGCUGAAAGGCAGAAGCUGCAGAAUGAGCUGUUCGCGUUUCGCAAGACCGUACAACAUGGCUUUCCACACAGAGCAUCAGCGCUUGCAUGGGACCCACUUCUCAGACUGUCCGCUAUUGGUACAGCGACUGGCGCCCUCAAAGUAUACGGUCGCCCUGGGGUUGAACUAUACGGACAACACACGAAUCCCGAUGCCGCCGUCACCCAAAUACACUUUAUACCAGGCACGGGCCGGUUAAUAUCACUCUGUGACGACAACAGUCUGCACUUAUGGGAGAUAAACGAGAAAUCUCUCGUCGAAUUAAAGAGCCACGCAUUCGAGGGCAAGAACAAGAAGAUAUCAGCCAUAUGCAUGGAGUCGUCCGGCAAGAACCUCCUGCUGGGGACAGAGGGUGGAAACAUUUACACACUCGACGCUAACACGUUCACAAUGAGCGAGGAUGUUAUAUACCAGGACGUCGUUAUGCAAAACUGCCCUGAAGAUUUCAAAGUGAACCCGGGCGCCGUGGAAUCAAUAUGCGAGCAUCCGAAACUGCCGAUAAAGAUUUUAAUCGGUUACAACCGAGGUCUGGUCGUUCUAUGGGACAGACAGACAUCAACACCGACACACACAUUCGUAUCUAACCAACAACUGGAGAGUUUGUGUUGGAACGAUGAAGGCGAACAUUUCACAUCUUCCCACAAUGACGGUUCAUUCGUGACGUGGGAGGUAGCUGGUGCAUCUAGCGAUAGACCGCUCAAAGAACCUGUGACCCCAUACGGACCGUACCCCUGCAAGGCCAUUACCAAGAUUCUUAACAGGACUAGUGUGGAUGGAGACGAGGUCACGAUAUAUGCAGGUGGUAUGCCUAGAGCUUCGUAUUCAGACAAAUAUACAGUGACGGUGCAGCAAGGCGAAAAACACGUUGCCUUCGAUUUCACAAGUCGGGUAAUAGACUUUUUCACAACAACACCCGUGCCACCAGAUGGUGCCCCGCUGCAAGAGGAUAGACCACAGACUCCUGCGCAGAUUCAAAUGCAAUCUGUCAAUCAAGUUGCUGCAGCUCUGGUGGUUCUAGUUGAAGAAGAAUUGGUUGUGAUAGACCUGUGUGACUCAAAGUGGAGACCUCUGCGCUUACCCUAUCUCGUGUCGAUACACGCCAGCGCCAUUACCACGGCGUAUCUAGUUGACAAUGUGGCUGAUUCAGUUUACGACAGUAUAGUAUCUGCAGGUGAGAAACAAAUCGAUGACGUGUACUCCACCAGCCCCUGGCCAAUAUCAGGCGGUGAGGUGGAACCAAGCGAGACUCCUCAGCGGCAAAUCCUCCUAACGGGUCACGAAGAUGGAUCCGUGCGUUUCUGGGACGUUAGUGGUGUGGUCAUGACACCCUUGUACAAAUACACCACUUCUCAUCUUUUUAGUGGUGAAGAAAUCGGCGAGAACAAUGACAGCCAGAACGAAGAAGAAGAAUGGCCACCAUUUAGAAGAGUCGGCACGUUUGAUCCAUACAGCGAUGAUCCGCGACUUGCAGUCAAACGAGUGAUCCUUUGCCCCCUCUCCGGUAUGCUGACGAUUGGUGGAGCAGCUGGACAAAUUGUUAUGGCGAGUUUGAAAACUUCAUCUGCCACUGCUGAAGUCAAGUCACUCUCUGUCAACAUAGUAUCUGACCGCGACGGGUUUGUGUGGAAGGGACAUGACCAGCUCACACUGCGCUCAGGUGCGCUAAACUUCUCUCAGGGAUAUCAGGCAAGCGCUGUGGCUCAAGUGUCUCCUCCGGCGGCCAUUACCGCGCUAGCAGCACAUUGGGAAUGGGGCGUGGUGUGCGCAGGCACCGCCCACGGCCUCGCGCUAAUAGACGCGUUCUGUGCGACACCCCUUAUACACAAGUGCACGCUCAAUCCACAUGAUCACUCCGGCGCAGGCGAUACGCCUAUAUCGAGAAGGAAAUCAUUCAAGAAAUCGCUGCGGGAAUCGUUCAGGCGACUCAGAAAAGGACGUUCACAAAGGAGACAAACGACAGCAGCUAGCCCAACCUCGCCGGUGCAGCCUGCCAAGAAGGCAGUAGAGAAAAUAGCAGAAAACGACGCUGAAGUAGUAAAACCUAUUGAGCGAGCAGUAGAGGCGAGGUCCAAUGACGAUGCAUUUGGUUCUAUGGUGCGCUGUUUGUAUUUUGCACGCACCUUCCUAAUUAACACUUCACAUUCAAUACCGACUCUGUGGGCGGGUACAAACAACGGUACGGUUUACGCGUUCACGAUUAACGUACCCAAUGCGAACAAACGGAAAGACGAUCCGGUAACAUGUCAACUAGCAAAGGAAAUCCAAUUAAAACACAGAGCUCCCGUCAUAAGCAUUACCGUACUUGAUGGCGCUUCUGUACCCUUGCCAGACCCAUUAGAAGUUGAAAGAGGCGUGGCCCCACUGCCGGAGAGCGGAACUCACCGAGUACUAAUCGUAUCAGAGGAGCAGUUCAAAGUGUUUACGUUGCCCUCACUGAAGCCACACAACAAGUACAAGCUAACAGCGCACGAGGGAGCUCGGGUGCGUCGUACAUCCUUUGCAUGGUUCGAAUGCGCCCACGGCGCUGACAGACACAAAGAAUGGUGCCUCAUGUGUCUCACAAAUCUGGGAGACUGUUUGUUACUCGCCACAGACUUGAGGAGACAAGUGAACGCUGCUGCAGUGCGCAAGGAAGAUAUCAAUGGUAUUUCAACUUUAUGCUUCUCGAAACGUGGUGAAGCUCUCUACCUACAUUCGUCAUCAGAGCUACAGAGAAUAACGCUAUCUGCUACAAAGGUUACGAUAGCGCAGUGCCACGUAGCUCUAUCGCCGUGGGCACUCGCGUUGAAGAGCACAGCAGAGGAGACUACGCUGACGAACGGUGACCAUAAGGAGGAGGCUCCAGAAACCGCUCACGACGUUACAGCAGCAUCCGCCGACAUCACGGUUGAUUCUGUGCGCGAUCACACCCAACCCGCCUCUGACGUGCCACCAGAAUUGAACAUCAACCUGCAGAAUUCGCAAGUAAACACUAGUUCAAUGGUGGUAAAAACGACGACCCGAACAACAGUGAACGAAAAUAACGCAGAUGGUGCCACAACAACCACUACCACUACCAGUAACUCUACCACUGAGAAUAUCCUAGAGCACAGUCGCGAGGAAGGAGUCAUCACCCGCAUUGAGACGGGAACCGUGACAGUACCGGCCGGCACCGACCCGAAGCUGAUCCUAGAAAUGUUUGACCGGCAAAGAUCGCCGCUGACCGUGCCGACGCCGCCUGCUGCCACGCCCACCGAAUCGUAA